AUGGUUCUUUGUCUUGGAGCUUGUGCAACAACUUAUACAGAAAGUAGUUUACCUGCAAGUGUUUUUUCUGGUGCAACAGCUUUUCCAUUUUGGGAUGAUUUAUAUAUUUAUCCAAAUACAUCACAAGGCAUUUAUUAUCAAUCAGAAGGAAAUAGUCCAAAUAGAAAAUUAAUAUUUGAAUAUUAUAUGAGUCAUUAUAUUGAAAUAAAUCAAUAUUAUCAUUUUCAAAUUAUUUUCUUUGAAGAUUCUCCAGGUAUUGUUCAAUAUAAAUAUUUUGAUGCAACUGAUCAAGGUGAUACAUGUACUAUUGGAGUUCAAGGUUCAAAUAGUGGUCCAUUCAUCAUGUAUUCAUAUGAUCAACACAAUUCUGUACAAGAAAAUAUGAUUCUUACUUUUGAUACAAUUCAUGGAACAUAUAAUAAAUCUACAAUAAUAUAA